AUGACAGUUGCAAUGCCGUCACGCUUUUUUUUGAGAAUCCUGAGAGAAAGAGUAAAAAUAUAUUUGCACACACGACGCUUUGCACCCCCGCUUCAGGGCUGCGCAUCACGAUGGGGCUGCCGUGCGGUGAUGCCGUAUGAUAUGAGCAGCUGGGAGAGAAAGAGAGAGCGCUGUGCGAUGCUCCUGCACCCGGAACUGACGCUGUGCAAGUGGUGGAAGGUUGGUGGACGGUCACACAAACACUGCGACACCACGAGGGAAGCAGACGAAACACUCCGCGUGCAGGGAGCGUUGCGGCCGAUAAGAAAUGUGUGCGACGAUGAUGGACGCUCAGUCGACGACGGGUUGACGGUUUCUCCCAUUGUUGGAGUUGGUGCGCACGCGGUGUGUAUGGCCGCCUCUGUGGUCUCCUGUUACUCCGCUGCGUGUGCCGCAUCCUGA